AUGGGGUCGGAGCAGGUGGGGUCGGAGAAGGGCGGCGCAUCGCCGAUGCGGCUCGAUGUGGAGCCCGAUUGUCCCCUCAUUGUCUCGGGGGUGGACAGAACCCCCAACAGUGACACGUCGAUUAGUGAAUUGUCCGUUUUCGGUUCUCGAGAGGGCGCCGCGGCCGUUAUUUUCCAGGCUUGCGCCCGCCAGGUUUGGGCGUCAGCAAAGUUGUCCGCCAGCUCGGCCCGCAUCAUUUUGCCCAGCGUGAGCUUCGACGCUGCUUUGUACGCGGACAACGCCAUUUGCAUAUCGCAAAGCACAAGUGCCAUGAAUCAGUUGUUGCAAACUGUCGAGGAAGAAAGUACCAGGUAUGGCCCGCGACUUGACAGAACCAACCGCGAAGUGAUCCACGCCUGGGCGAACCGGCGGGAGGCGCGGACCCGGUUGGCCCGCACUCAUUGCAGGCCCGGCCGCCUCGGCGCGGGCGGCAUCGUUCCGAGGGUGUGCGCCUACUACAAGGGGGAGAAGCAGGUGUCCGAGGAGGACCGGGGCACGCUGCUGCGGUUCGUGGAGGUCCACGGCUCGGGCAAGCUCGACGUCCUGCCAGGCAUGCGGCCCGUUGACGCGACGUUCGACGCCACCGGGGUGGCCGCGUACUGCGACCACUGGGUCAGCAACGUGGUCAGCCGCACGGGCUUCCUGGACACGCUGAACGACACCCUCGGCUUCACGCCGAAGGUGGAUUUCAACGCCGGCGUGGUGGCGGCGGGGGAGGCGCAGAUCGAGUCUACCGUGACAGGUAACGAUCCUGGCACGCUCCUCGCCGACAGGGAGAUGGGCUUGAAAGACCAGAGCCAGGUCUACCUGCCUAUCAACAACGCCCUCUCCGAGGUGGGGCACGUCCACCUCUAUCUGAACGAGAUCGGGCAGGGUGUUCAGCACAUCGCCUCGCGGGUAGCGGACCUUCCAGCCGUGGUGCAGCGCGGCAACGAUUUCCGAAGGAUGACUGGCGCAGGCCUCUCCUUCUUGAAUAUCCCCCGGUCCUACUACGGCUGCCUGACCGCCAAGUGGCUGGCCAAGGAGGCCGGCAUCGACGGGCCGGCGGCUGAGGCCUGCCUGCGGGGCCUGAAGGAGGCGGGCAUCGUCGACGCCGCCGACAUCGUGGACAUCGACGCGACCCGCGAGCGGGUGCUCGUGGCGCUGCCGGAGGGCACCGAUGCCGCGGUCGCGGACCAUGUGUUGCGCGCGCGGUACGGCAACCUCCACGCGCUGCUUCGUGAGAACGUCGGCGAGGACAUGUAUUUGAAGAUCGUCCGCAAUAACGUGCUCGUUGACAUUCAGGGUGGGGACAUGCUCAUGCAGAUCUUCACGUCGAAGAUCCUGGAGCGCCAGACCGGCCACGAGGCCCCCUUCCUGGAGUUCAUCCAGCGAGUCUGCUCGGAGUGCACGGACCCAGCCACGUGCAAGCCGAGGAAGAUCAAGCCGGGCUGCGGUGGCUUCGGCAUCCGGAACUUCCUGACCCUGUUUCUUUCCAUCGAGGUCUCGAAGGCCGCCAAGGCGAGGGAGGACGCCCGCGCGGCCGGCGAUGCCGCGGGCGAGGCGCGCUUCGGCCAGGUGGAGGCCUUCACCGCGCAGCUCGACGAGUCGAACCCGGUGCUCACCGCGAUCUCGGACGCCAUGACCGCCGAAGGGGAAGCUCUGGAGCGUGGCGACACAGCAGAAGUUCAGAGGUGGGCGGCGGAGAAGCUGAAAGGCAACGACGCACUUCAGGCGAUCAGCAAGAAGUACAAGUUGCGCAUGAAGGAGCUGCGCGAAGGCGUCUCGGCCUAG